AUGGAAGUCGACAACAACAGCGACCCGGAUCUCACUGCCCGGCCUUCUAUCGAUGAUGCUGCCAAUCCAGCUCUGGACUCUAUGCCGUCUCUUAAUCUCAAUAACGAAAGUGACCUCACAGAGCUUAGCUCUGAUGAAGAGCCAGCCCCACUCUCAGGCAAAGGGAAGAAGCCUGUAAAGAAGCCUGUCUGCAAACCACGAGCUGGAAAGAAGCGGAAGCAGUCUGCCACUGAAGACGACAAUGAUGACGAACAUCCUUUACCCGCCCCUGUUUCCAAGAGAAAGCCGAAGAAACUGCAUUUGGAGGAACGGCUAGAUGGCCUUGGCAUGUCUGUUAUUGCCUCGCUGUUCUCAACUCAGGCCCUCGAGGAGGACCUUCGCAGUCUUUCUACAAUGGAUCUAAGCUCUGCUUACUCACGCCUUCCCAACCUCACCCACGCACUCGAAACCAUGAAUAACUUGCGGACAACGAACAACUGGGUUAUGAGCUAUCUCCAGUGCAGCCCUCUCAACAAUUCGACAUCCCUUAUACAACUUGUGCGCCUGCAAGCUGCGGUUGCAGCUGCACCAGAGCUGUACAACUUAUGGAAGCAGCUGACCAUCAUCAACCGGGCAACUCAGUGGGAUAUUGCUCGUAUCAUGCUUCUUAUCUACGAUUGGCUGGUGGAUACUGGCCGACACCUUGCCAACGCUCUGGUGGAAGCUUAUAAAGAUGGUGUACCAUCUCUGCGCCGGGACUUCCCUGCAUUUGCUAAGCUGACUGAGCAUGCGAUGCUGUGGGCCGACCAUGUUUGUCUACAGCGUGCAGCCAAGGGUGCUGGCUCAGUGAAGAUUGCUCCUCUCCAGUUUCAGCCUUGGGAAGUUGAUGCACAGAGUCCCAGUCCGGAUUGGCCACCGUCCAACCUGUCGCAGGUGCCACGUGAUCUAUAUGGACUGCGUCCUGUUGAGAAGACCAAGGGGGGAAACAUGCCAAUAUCGCUUCAACAGCCGUUGCUCAUGAAGUUUGUUCCUAACUCUCCCGAAUCUGUUCGUGAUGGGGGACGGCGUAUUCUGUACACCCUGCUUGCACACGAGAUGAUCGUCUUGCCAAUGAGCAAGAUUGAUGAGCUGCUGAUUACCAAGCGCCAUCGCAAGGAUCUUCAGUAUGUUCAUGCUCGGCUGAUCUCUCGAGGUGCUCUUCUCCACUGCCUAGUCGACGUCUGCCAGUCAGAGGAUGUCCUCGCCCUACCUCUUGUCAAACAAGUCCUCACCAGUCCAUCCUCCCUCCUCUCCGGCACCUCCGAUGCCAAGUUCAUGCCCGAUAUACUCACCGCUGAGUCUCUGCUCGCUAUGCAUAAAAAACUGGAACCUUUUCGUGCGGAGUUAUGCGCACAGCUGGAAAUCGACGAGGAUAUCCCUUUCUACAUGCAAGAGAUUGCGACACACAUUCAUCGAUGCUCAUUGCAGUUCGAGCACAAGAGACCUCUGACUGAUGAGCAGAUUCUCAAUCCGCAUCUGCUCAAUCAUGUGCCUUUCCUUUCUAGGAAGGGCACUCGGCAAUCGGGAACAACGCGCAACCUCCCCAUCCUUCAGAGCUCUGCUGCUUCUCUCAUGCCGGAUGCUAGCCGCAUGCCCACUCUGCUUGCUGUACCAGCUGUUCUGAUUCGUGAAGGGCUGUGUCGGUCUAACAACCAUCCUCCUGCCGAUAUUGUUCUCCAUCGCAUCCUCACAGGUCUCCACCCUCGCAUGGGCACUGCAUCCCAUUCCAAUCUCGACCACGUUGACACCAUGAGGCUUUGCAACAUCAAUGCCACGCUUGUCCUGUACCAUUUCCGCAAUAACCGCAUCACCGAGCCCCUUGGUCUCUCGAAUAUUGGUAUCUGGAUGGUCACCGGUCAGGGCUUUGGCACUCAGAAGUUCCUGGAGCAGGGUAACUUUUGGUUUGCAUCUGGCUCUGAAUGUGUUGCUCGGUUCACUGCAGUCCAGCAGUCGAAUGAGUCGAUUGUUAUCCAGUAUCUUGCCGACCAUCCGCGAACACCAGAAGCACUGUUCAAGCGCAUUCCUGGCUACAUAGUCUACAACGACCCUAACGUUUGGGGACAGGCCUCUAAUGCUCUCAAGCUCAACCCCACAAUUCCCGGGACAGGAGGUGCAAUGCGCAAGACCAAUGACGAAACCAUCGCUCCGAUCUUUGCACCGGACAUGUCUGCAAAAUGGUCGAGAUGGCUUGGCAAACUUGCGGGCAAGGAUCCUGCAAGCUUUACUGGUGUUCGUCAUUCCUGGACAGAAGCGAUCGACUUCAUUGUUUCACUUGAAAUUACCGGCAUGAAGGAUAAGGGCCUGACCACUUUGCAAUGCGCUAACAAUCUCGUCAUUCUGGGUGUCUGUACGCCUCCAUCUCCUGAGGAGAUGGCAGCCUGGAUUGCAGAGAAUGGCUCUCUGGGCGCGUUUAAUGGCCUUCUCCGCCUUGGGUUCAGUCUGACCAUGAAGGACAAGAUUGGUGUUCGGGCAGCCUUUCUUCUUGUCUAUCGGCACCUGGACAAGCAUAUGACAAAGCGCGAUAAGGAGACGACAGGGUUUGGAGCCAUAUUUGUGGAGAAUUUCUUGUGCAAGGUGGAGCGAUGGGAACAUCGAUUUGAAGAGGCUGGUAUGCCACAGAGCCUUCAGCAGACCGCCAUCCAUACCCAAGAAAACGUUUUGACUGUUCUGACAGCGCCGGACGAUGAAUUGCUGCCGCUCAUUGAAUUGUACUGGAGCUUUGGGUUCUCAGAUCCAGUCAUCGCUCAUCACUGCAUGGACCACUUUGACCGUGACGUUUACGGUCUGAGUAAAACCACCGUGAAGCGCCGCCGUGUACGACUGAAGCUGAAGGGAACACGAAAAGAGGCUAUGACUUGGGAGAGGCUUCAACCCAUCUACACCAAGAUUCGGGCACGCUUCCCCUCCAUGGGUGCACGAGCCAUGGUCAUUCUCAUACGGCAGCAGAACAAGAUCAAGGUCUCGGAGGGGAACCUAGCCAGAUUUCUGCGUACUGUCGAAGGAGACCAGGUUAUGAAGCGCAAGGCACGGAGAUUCAAGAGAAAACAGUUUCACUGCGCUGGUCUGCAUGAUGUCUGGACGUUUGAUCAGCACGACAAGUGGAAGCGAUUCAACCUCUUUCUCCACAUUGGCAUUGAGCCUUGUUCUGGGACAAUUCUCUGGCUGAAGAUAUGGUGGACCAAUCGGAAUCCCAUCUUGAUUACGAGCUAUUAUCUCGAGGUGGCACGAUCGUUACAGGGCAAGGUCUUACAAAAUGAAAUGAUGCUAGACCGCACUGACGCAGUAAAAAUUGUUAUAGGUAUCCCGAUGCUAAGUCAGAGUGAUCCUGGGUCAGAGAACUUUGGCAUAGCGUAUUGUCAUACCACCACGCGGCAAACACUCGAUCCUGCUCUGCAAGGCACCCUGCAACAUCGAUGGACCAACAAGCACAAGGGAUCGAACAUCAAACCAGAGAUUGGCUGGUUGAUCCUGCGCCGGACCUUUACAGAAGGCUUUGAAAGUAUUCUGCAAUGGGGUGUUGACCAUGAUCUAUAUGACACCGACAACCGGCUGCAUAAAUGGCUCGCAAUUCCAUGGCUCCAAAGUGAAUUGGACAGCUGGCGUGCGCGAUUCAACUCCAGUCCGCGUCGUCACGAUCCUCACAAGGUCCUGCCUCAAGGAAUCCCGGAUCUCAUCCGUGCAAAGCCGGCGGAUUAUAAUGUUCAAGACUUCAAGAUUCCUGUUUCCCCUGAACUCUUCGACGACAUGGAGACAACAUGGGCACCUCCCUCAAAUCCGGUUUUCCAAUUGGUUCCUGACACGUUUGGCAAAUAUGCUAAUGUGUUUUACGUCUACCUGAGCUCGCCCGUGGUGACGUCCGAGAACUUUUGGGAUGUGUACAAUCAUCUCUUGGGUCUAUUCGAAGGCAGCUUUGUUCUUGAAGAUCCGAUAGUGCUCACUGAAAUGAGUAACAUCAACGACCACAUGGAGUUUGAAAUGCCCAUUCAGGAGCAUCAGAUGGAGCAACCACCACCAGACGAAGACGACUCUGAAGAUGACACCGACCACAUAUUGUACGGCAAUAUCUCAUCAGACAGUGAAGACGACAAGGAAAAAGAGUGGCCCAAUGGAAUUCUGCAAUACGUCCGCAAACUUCCGCCCAAAGAGGGUGGGAAAUGGUAUUGUCCUGAUUGCUGUCUGCGCUACAACGCAGCACCUGGGACAAUCUCCACAGUGAGAAGAUCAGUUAUGGCAGACGCAUCAACACGGGCUGCUCCAGUGUCCAGACCGAACCAUCUUGAUCUUGCCAAUGUGAAUGCCAUUCGGAAGGAGAUAUCAAAGGCGCAGCGCGGAGAUCCGACACGUCAGAUUGUUCAAGCAGUACCUGCUGCACUAGGUGGUGUAGGGUCAGCGGUGUUCGGCAUCUCUGCUGUACCUGGAGGUGGUCGUCCAACCGUUUACGUCCCGGGGGCCCAGGGUGGCACGCAUGGCCUAUACAUCCCUCCCCCACCUCCACGAGCAUCUUAUCCUCCGGGUUCUCUGCAAGCACAACACAUGAUUGAUUCCAACGUGCAUCGAGGCAUGGGCUACACUGCCGCUCACCAGCACUACAACACAGAGAGACUUGCUAUGCAGAACAAGACAUCCGCUGCCGAUGUUGGAUGUCUCGUCGGACUGAAAGUACAGCUACAGUUCAUGAGCAGCAAGAAAAACAAGCCCGUCACAAUUCUUACGGCAAACGGCAUCGAAGUUCACAUUCGAAUCGGAUACUCUGAUCUGAUCAAGAAGGCGUUUGACAACGUUCUUAUUGCCUGGAACGAGAGAAUGCUUGGACAAGGCUUGGUGCUCACUCUCGAGGAUGUUCAGUUGAUGAAGCCAAAUGAAUCCUGGAUCCUGUACGACAAAACCAUCAAUCACGACCUCAUUUCUCCCAUGUACCGUGCUGAGGGAGACGCAAACAAUGGUGGAGUGGCUGCGCCUAGGGCCAAGAGAUCGAAUGUUGGAUCUGCGGCAUUUUUGAAGGAUGGGCAGACGUACAAGAUACCAAAAAAGGCAGAGACACUCACUGUCGGGCUAAAGAGCGCCUUUGGAAUAGAAUGGGAGAGUCGAGCGGGUCUUAGUCCAGAAGAAUAUGGUCCACCAGAGACCUUUGCAUCGUUCAAGGCUAGACAGAGAGACGAAGUCAACCAGGUUAAUGCACCUUUUUUGGUCGUAUCCAAGAUGCAUGCAAAGCGUUCAAUCAGUACAAUGAAGGAGCAGGACCAACAUCCCAAUCCAGAGGAGAAUUGGUCUGCCCGCCGUGCACCGUCUGAUGAUGAGCUGCCCCCUAUUACCAAAACUACUGGGAAAUCCACCCAGGCAAUGCAAGGGCCGGUGAACAGCUCCGCUAUCAUACCGCUGUUUCUGAACAACACCACAUUGUAUCGACCGACCACUCCUCCUCCCAUAGGCCAAAGUGCACCGGCUACCACCGUGACCCCUCCUGCAAAGCGACGUGCAGUCUCUGCUUCUAAUGAGGUGGACCUGCGUCCCCCAACACGAGCACUCAAGUUGAAUGACUUGUUACUUUCUGAAAAGACUGGCUCCAAUCUUGAUGGUCCCAACGUCGAACGGGAUCCUGAUACAGAGGCAAUGAGCAUGGAUGACUUUGUGAAGGGACUGCGGGCUCAAGUUCACGUGUCAAGCAGAGACAUGAGGGGCCUGUGGUCGCGUGUCCCUGUCCAGAUCGCCUUCCAUGAAUUCCGGUUUGAUCUGACCUUUCGUCAAAUGCUGACCACCGCCUCCAAAAAGACUGGGGAUGCCCUCGAGGACUACUGUCAUUCACCGCUGACGGUGACCAUCCUUCUGGACAUUGGACCAAGCAACUAUGAGAAGGGUGCUUUCAAGAUCAUGCGACGUGCACAGUGCGGAUUGGAGCUUUUUCCGAGAGGGCCUUUGCGUGGUACCCAUGGCCAGUACGAGCUUGCCGUCAAGGAGCUGUAUUAUCAACAGGAUCAGCUCUUGUUGCCUCCGCAUGCAAAAGGACAGGCCACGGGACUGAAUAUGGAGGGUCGAAUUGCCAUCACAGCGUCUCUGAUGCUGACUGCCUGCUAUGGGUUCAUGGACAUGUUUCUGGAGUCGCACCCAACCGAGGCGGUAUCUCUCAACAUUCCAAUCAUGGAGUUUGUGAAGGUCGGGCUUGGCUCGGGCUUGCUGCCUUCGAAGGACGGGUCGUCAAUGGAGAAAAAGGUCUACCUCAUUGAGGAGUAUAUUGACCCAGCUGUUGAGGGACGUUUCCACAAGUACAUCGGCAAUGGCUCAACAAUCCCAUUGCAACAGACAACAAAAGAAGACAAGAACCGGGCAGCGUUUCUGAGUUUCACCCAACACGUCCAGUACAUGCUAUCUGGGAAGCAGAUCUUUCUUUCCGAUUACCAAGGUGGAACCACUCUACUGAGUGACCCGCAAAUAAUGGCAGCCAAGGAACUGGGCAGUGUCUAUGGCGACGGCAAUGUGUUCUCUGGAUUUAUGAGCCUCGAGCUACAGCAUGUUUGCAAUGAUUUCUAUGAGAAAGAUGAAAGUGAAGAGCUCAGGAGAUCCAGAAGAAUUUCAGAACACGGUGUCAGUGAUGUCAAUGAUGAGCUUGGGCACUACGUAUAA